GGCCAAACAGAAAUGCGCAGGCGCGCUAACGGAAUCCGGUGGAUGGAUGAGGAGCGGCGGGAAAAUUUGAGUUGUUUAUACGGAGAGUAAUAACAAUAACAAUUUCCGAUCAGGCGCGGAUGAGGUGGAUCACGCUUUAGGAUAGUAUCUCGACAACGUACUGAUAGUGAGAGACAUACAGCAUACCACUUUGCCGUUGGAUAUUUUAAAACUCCAUUCAUUCAGACCCCAGAACAGAUUGUAAUGCACUAACCACUAUGAGUGGUGGGAAAGUAUUUGUAGAGACUUUAAGGAGAAUUGCUUAUCAUAAAGCCAGUCAACUGAAUGGAGAGAAUUUUGAUUGGUGGUUUGACAUUGGAGAUGAAAAGAAGUUGAUCGAAUGGUUUUGCCAUAAUAUAAAUGAACAGAAUGUAUUGACUGAAGAAGAGUUGACUGAGUUCAAAAGCCUUGGACCAAAACAUCGCCUGAGCCAGAAAGACUUGGAUAAGGUCUUGGCAACCUGUCCUAAGGGAGCAGAGUCCAGACAUGGCAACCUGCCAGUAAUGACGGUUGAGAAAUUGGAAGAGGAGGUUAAGGAGCUACAGCUGAUUCGCAAUCUUAAAAUCCAGCGACGGAAUAAGCAGCAAUUGAUGGCAUCAGGAAUACAUCAUAUGCCAAUGAGAUUAAAGGACGAGGAGGAAGAAUGUACCAAAUUGUUGAGAGACACCCAAGAACAAUUGGUUGCUGAAAAUGCUAAAUUGAAUUUUACUCUCUCAAAGGUAUUUGAAGAAGUUCAGCAGCUUACUGCCAUAUAUUCAACCACUGGGUCAGAAAGGCGACCUGGGCAACAGACCAUAUUUUUGUCACAACUGUCACUGGAUAACUAUCUGCAGCAGGAAGAGCAAUGCACAGCAGCUCUUACUGAAUAUACAAAGAAACAGCUUUUUAAAGGCAUAACUGAACUAGUUGAGAGCUCCGACAUUGAAAAAUUUCAGCUGGUGGACAUAACUUCUCAAUCCUUACAGGGAGAAUGCAAUGAGAUACGCACAGACUACCGACAACAAAUGGCUAGAAUUCAAGCAGCAUACAACAGUGGUCAGCGACAGUUAAUUUUAGCAAAAGCAAAAGAACAGAGCACCAAGGCUAGACUGCAGCAUAUGGAGCAAAUAAUCUCCUUGAUGCGAAACAGAAAGGCAUUUGCCACUGGAAUCAUGAAAUCUAGAGCAGAGCUCUGUCAGAUUUUUGACGUAGACAACAAACAACAGCAAUUGUUCAGAACAUUCAGUGGUCUGGAACAGGAAGCCAGAAAUCUACAGCAAGAAGUUAUUUCAUUAAAGGAACAAUUGGGAACAACCCAGCGUGAGCACUCUUACCUUUUGUCUGCACUGGAGUCCGAUAUUGAGAGACUCCGGAGUGUUAUGUAUUCCAGUUCCAAGCAGCUUCUGCUUCAUUGUGAGGAACUGUCAGAACCUCUUCAAAGAUUAGAAUGUCAACUGCAGAGACUGCCCCAAAUUAUUGGGAAUAUAGCUGAUAAUAUUAAAUCAAAACGGCAAAUUCUGGCAAGCAACUUGAGUCUUCAAGGCGAGAGAGUUCUAUAUGUUUAUUUCUUCCAAGACCCUGAUAAAUUGAAAGCAAUUGUGGAGAAUCUGGAGAGGAAAAUUAGCACUCAGAAUAUUGGAUCAGAGAGCUGAUGUGUGCCAGGAAGCAGAAAACGUCUCUAACACAUGGUUAAAUGCUUCUGGGGGGGGGGGGAAAAAAACCCACCUCUAGAUGGUUGUAUAGUAACAUUCAAAAAUGUGGAGGAAGAAGUUGUUUCUGGGGAAAUGUGAAUGCUGAUUGAACAUUUUAUGCUCUUAAUAAAAUAUUAUUCUAGCACUA